CGUUUUGAGCACUGUUCUCAUAAUGGAGUUUCCUGAUUUGGGGAAGUAUUGUUCAGAAAAAACUUGCAAGCAGCUAGAUUUUCUUCCAGUAAAAUGUGAUACGUGUAAACAAGAUUUCUGUAAAGAUCAUUUUAUAUAUGCCGCACAUAAGUGUCCAUUUGCAUUCCAGAAGGAUGUUCAGGUUCCAGUGUGCCCACUCUGUAAUAUCCCCAUCCCAAUAAAAAAGGGACAGAUCCUAGCCCUGGUGGUUGGCGAUCAUAUGGAUAGAGACUGUGACUAUUGUCCUGGGAAGAAGAAAGAGAAGAUUUUUAUAUACCGGUGCUCAAAAGAGGGCUGCAAGAAGAAAGAGAUGCUGCAGAUGGUGUGUGCCCAGUGUCACGACAACUUCUGGAUCCAGCACAGACACCCCCUGGACCACAGCUGCAGACACAGGAGCCGCCACACCAUCAAAGCCAGGUGAGAAGAGACUCAGCUGUGAUUGCGCUGUCUCAGAACACAUGGUAGCGUACUGGAACCAGCUUACACUCUAAAGUGCGGAGUGGAGCAACACUCAGCACCGGCCCACACUAAGCUGCUGAUCUUAACUGUUUGUUGAGGUAGACGGGAAUAUAAUAAAAUUGAAUGCUGAAGUUGAAAAAAA